GUUUGGGAGUUUGAUGGGUAAGCUUCAGAGACCAGCCUCUCUCUCCUAUGUGGAGGUGGGAAGACUCACGCACUCUCCAAGAAAACUCCUGUCCUGUCCCUGAUAUUUCUCCUGGCCCAGGAGCUCCAUUCUCUCCCCCACUUUGCCGGCUCUUAUGUCUUCCAGGGCAUCUGGACUCUCCCCAGGGAAGCUGGGCAAUCUGUAGCUAGUGAUGCCGGAGGGGCGAUCGGGAUUCCUGCUGGCACUCCUGUGGGUGAGAGACUUGUGUGUUUUUCCACUUGUCAAUGAGAACGAAAGGGAUAAUUUUUCCCACCUCUGCCUGAGACAUCGCUGCUGUUCGGCAGGAGGCUAUGGAAACAGAGCAUCUUGUUCUUUCUGAGUAGCACUGCCUCCGUUAGGACUUCGGAUGGGCCAGAUCAUUUGGCUUGUGGACCUAAGGGGAUACCUCAAAGACUGGUCGCUGUUCUCCUGUUCAAGGAUACUGGAGCAUCCAAAGAAACCCAGGAGAGGGAGUGGUUAGGGAUGACCAUCCUAAUGGCUGCAUUAGUACCUCUGGGGAAUAUAGCCUGCACUUCAAGUCCACGAAGGGGAAGGAGAUCCAUAACCAAUCUCAAGAAGACUCUGGAAAGCUGGUGACAACAUUGAGGAGAGCUAUAUAGUGACUUGCCCAGGAUCACACACCUAGUAAAUGCCAGAAGUAGAGUGUGAAUUCAGUUCUACCUGUCCAAUGCCAUAGCUCCUGGAUAUGAACUGGACUCAUGAUUUCAUUUUCCAGGCAAAAGCAGUCAACAGUGACCAGCUGGUGACAAGAAAUACUGUGGGGAGACAUCCACUGAGAGGAGGACGAACAGACCGGAUCAUCCCUCCAGUCAGAAUGGGUCCUGCAUCUGUUGGGAAGAGUAAGAAGGGCAGCUUUUUGUCCUCCUCCUCAUCUCCCGCUGAGCAAAGGACGGGACACCUUCUGAUGCCGAAAGGUCGCUCGGGCCACCGAGGAGCCCCCCAUCUCCAGCUUACCCCCAGGGGGGUCAGUAUCACCAAAGACCCAGAGAUCCAGCUGCUGCAGAUGGAGCACCCGGAGCUCAGGGGCCAGCUGGGACAUCUUCGGGUCAAUCCCCUUCGCUUUGUGGGCCCGCCAGAGAGUCUGGAGGCUGGAGGAAGUGGACUUGGAGAACUGGCCCAAAGAGAGUGGGCUGAGCCCUGUGAGGAAGGGCUGGUCGGGCAGAAGCCUGCUGACGUGGAGCAGCUGCUCAAACAGUCUCAGAGGGAGCUGCUUUGGCUACAGAGGCAGCUGGCCUUCGUCUCUACAGGAAGUCCCACCUACCUCCUGCCUCCUCCGGACCAAUUCAGAAAUGAUCUGUACUUGCAACCUGCAGUCCCCCAGAAAGCCUUUGGUCAGUUCCGACUUUUAGAAGAGCGGCCGCGGAUUUCCCCAGCCCAUGUACCUGCUCUGAACCCAGAUCCUCACCAUUGGAGCCUUGCAGAGCAUGAACUGAAGGAUGCUGCACAAGGGAAGAGUCGCCUGAGACUUCAGUAUGCUAACCUUUCCCACAAGGCACUGCAAUAUGAGCAGGUAAAAGCAGACUAUGAUCGGCUCAGCCUCACCCUCACCAUAGUGACCAAAGAACGUGAUUUGGCCGUGAAGGAGAAAUACCAGCUCCAAGCCAAACUGGAGAAUCUAGAGCAGGUCCUAAAGCAUAUGCGAGAGGCCGCAGAACGGCGGCAACAGUUGGAAUUAGAGCAUGAGCAAGCCCUGGCCGUUCUCAACGCGAAGCAGCGGGAAAUUGAACUCCUGCAGAAGGCUCAGGUUGAAGCCAAGAAAGAGCAUGAAGGGGCAGUGCAACUGCUAGAGUCCAAGGUUCGAGAACUGGAAGAGAAAUGUCGGACCCAAAGUGAGCAGUUCAACCUCCUGUCUAGGGAGCUGGAGAAGUUUCGGCAGCAGGCGGGGAAGAUUGAUCUGUUGAGCAGUAAUUCUGUGGUGUCUUUGGAUAUCCCGGGCUCCCCUAACAAGCCUUUCACCCACUUUAUGAAUGGAAUAGCCGCCUCCUUUGGCAAAGGUCAGGACAGUACUUCUGGAAGUCAUUCUGUGAUUGCUGAAUUUAUUCGACCCCGACCACUCUCCAGUGACAAACCUGAACCACUGUCUGUCAAACCUACUUUUCUAUCCAGGUCGAGAUCUGGCAGCCCAGGAUGCAGAUUUGAAUCAGACAUGGAUAAUGAACGGAAUUCCAAUACCUCAAAGCAGAAAUACUCGGGGAAGGUUCAUCUGUGUGUUGCCCGCUACAGUUACAACCCCUUUGAUGGACCAAAUGAAAACCCGGAAGCUGAACUCCCCCUCACAGCAGGAAAAUACCUCUAUGUCUAUGGUGACAUGGAUGAAGAUGGAUUCUAUGAAGGAGAAUUAUUAGAUGGACAGAGAGGGCUGGUCCCUUCCAACUUUGUGGAUUUUGUCCAGGAUAACGAAUCCCGUUUGUCCAACACUCUGGGGAGUGAACAAGAUCAGAAUUUUAUCAACCAUUCUGGUGUGGGCUUGGAAGGAGAAAGCAUCCUCGAUCUGAAUUCGCCCACCCAGGGGGACUCCAGCAUCCUCAACAAUGGGGCCGGGACGCUGGACGUGAACAUCGAUGAGAUCGGAGAAGACAUUGUGCCUUACCCUAGACGAAUCACCCUUAUCAAACAACUAGCCAAAAGUGUUAUUGUGGGCUGGGACCCCCCGGCCGUGCCGCCAGGAUGGGGGACAGUGAUCAGCUACAAUGUCCUUGUUGACAACGAGACCCGCAUGAAUCUCACCCUGGGAAGCAGAACUAAAGCCCUGAUAGAAAAGCUGAACAUUGCAGCCUGCACGUACCGGAUCUCCGUGCAGAGCAUCACGAGCCGGGGGAGCUCUGAUGAGCUCCAGUGCACCUUGCUGGUGGGCAAGGAUGUCAUUGUAGCCCCUUCCCACUUACGGGUAGACCACAUCACUCAGAUCUCAGCUGAGCUCUCCUGGCUCCCGACCAACAGCAAUUACAGCCACGUUAUCUUUCUCAACGAGGAGGAGUUUGAUAUCGUCAAGGCCGCAAGGUAUAAGUAUCAGUUUUUUAACCUGAAGCCCAACAUGGCUUACAAAGUGAAAGUUUUGGCAAAACCCCACCAGAUGCCGUGGCAGCUUCCUCUGGAGCAGAGAGAAAAGAAGGAGGCCUUCGUGGAGUUUUCUACUCUGCCAGCAGGUCCUCCAGCUCCACCUCAAGAUGUCACCAUUCAAGCCGGGACCACUCCAGCAACCAUACAGGUCUCCUGGAAACCACCAAUUCUCACACCCACUGGGAUGUCCAAUGGAGCAAAUGUGUCUGGCUAUGGUGUUUAUGCAAAAGGGCAGAGGGUGGCUGAAGUCAUCUUCCCGACAGCCGACAGCACAACAGUGGAGCUGAUCCGCAUCCGGAACCUGGAAGCCAAGGAGGUGACCGUGAGAACACUUUCCACCCAAGGUGAAUCCAUGGACUCCUUAAUAGCUGCCAUUCCACCCGACCUACUGGUGCCUCCAACCCCACACCCUCGAACUACUCCCAAACCUAAGCCAUUAGCAAGUGCCGGAGCCCCAGAUACCAAAGACGAACAGUUGGGUCCCCACCUCAAAAUGGAUGAGUCUUGGGAGCAGACUCGCUCAGCUGCCCCCACACACGGACACAUGCUGGAACCUCCGACAUCUAACUUUCCGAGCUCAGCUCCGGGGAGGCGGUCACCCUCUCCCAAUCGGAUUCUCCCCCAGCCGCAGGGUGCCCCUGUCCCCAACACUGUGGCUAAAGCCAUGGCACGAGAAGCCGCACAACGAAUGGCAGAAAGCAAUCGAAUGGAGAAAAGGAGCUUGUUCGAGGACAGGAGCCGAGCUGGGCAUUAUGCAAACUCUGAUGAGGAGGAAGAAGAUGGCUAUGAUUCACCAGACAUCAAAAGGAGAGGAGCUUCUGUGGAUGAUUUUCUGAAGGGUUCUGAGCUUGGCAAGCAGUCCCACUAUGGUCAUGGAGAGGAAUAUCACACAGAGAGCAGCCGGGGCUCCGACCUGUCAGACAUUAUGGAAGAGGAUGAGGAGGAACUUUAUUCUGAAAUGCAGCUGGAGGACGGGGGCAGGAGGCGGUCCAGUGGAACCCCACACAACACACUUAAGGAGUGCUGUGAAAAUAGGACCAUCACCGAUGCAACUUUUUGGGAACAGCCCGAAUUUCCCCAACAGACCCACCACAGUAAAAAACUUUUUAGUAUCCCAGAAGUAGCCGAAGAAGAUGGAGACUAUUCUGAGCUGCUGCACAAACAAGGUUUAGGGUUGUCCUAUAAGAUGAAAGCCCCCAGACCCAGAGGACCUAGGUUUCCCAGGUGUUGUAUUGAAGACAAGGUCCAACAGACCACCUGGUUCCCCACCAAGCACAGGAUCUCUGGGUUUGCCCAUCACUCAGAGGACUCUGCCCCUGAAGAGAAGGGUUACAGAUUUAGCCGGGCCCUCACCCGGAGCCCAGACAGUGGGCUUGACUGUGGGAGUGAGGAAGAGGAGUCUCGAUUUAGCUUCCGAAAUGUCCACGGUCAUCCAUCCCCUCACCCCGGUAUCCCCUGCUGCCCUGGCCGCAGUCACUGUUCAUGCCGGAGAAGUCCGAGGCCCCUCCUAGCCCGUAGGAAAACCCUGACCCGGCAGACCAGCAUUGAGGAAGACUUUGGAGAGCAGUUUGUCCCCAGUGAGGUCACCAGGAACAAUGAGACCACACCUGGCCCCGAGAGAACUAGCCCCAGGAAGAGUCACUACAGUGAUCCCAUGAAGGCAGAAGACCCUUGCUGUGGCUGGAAGGUCCAGAUGAGUGACAGCAGGGCAGCUGUCCUGCUUACAAAAUCAGCUCCCAGAGAUGGAGAAGGUUCUUUGCUUUUAGGAAAUCCAGUGUCUGCAGGACGGACUGAUAGGGUGGAUCACCCAGGUCGAAGGUUAUCUCAUGGCAGUGCUGGACCUCAGAGGCCCCGGCCAAUGAUGGUCCCUUCCAUUGAUGGGUACUGCAGCCGGGAUCGCCUGUCUCCAGACCUGUAUGAGGAGUCUGAAACAGAUCCCGGUGCUGAGGACCUUUCGGUUCGAAUAUUUGUCGCUCUCUUUGACUAUGAUCCACAUACAAUGUCUCCCAAUCCUGAUGGGGCAGAAGAAGAGUUACCAUUUAAAGAAGGACAGAUUAUUAAGGUUUAUGGAGACAAAGAUGCUGAUGGCUUCUACCGUGGUGAAACCUGUGCCCGACUCGGCCUUAUACCUUGUAACAUGGUCUCAGAAAUCCAAGCUGAUGAUGAAGAAAUGAUGGACCAGCUCCUUAAGCAAGGCUUUCUCCCCCUGAAUACCCCCGUGGAAAAAAUAGAGAGGAACAGACGGAGUGGCAGACACCCUAUGUCUACAAGAAGAAUGGUGGCUCUUUAUGACUAUGACCCAAGAGAAAGCUCUCCUAAUGUUGAUGUAGAGGCAGAACUGACAUUUUGUACAGGAGACAUUAUUACUGUAUUUGGUGAAAUUGAUGAAGAUGGAUUUUACUAUGGAGAGCUUAAUGGACAAAAGGGUCUGGUUCCUUCAAACUUUCUGGAAGAAGUGCCUGAUGACGUAGAAGUCUACCUUUCGGAUACACCAUCUCGUUAUUCUCAAGAUGCCCCAAUGCGUACCAAGGCUAAAAGGAAGAAGAGUGUUCAUUUCACACCUUAAUAAGGCAAUGUAGCCUUCACGUAAGUGAGCAACUGAAGAUACCAAUAAAGAUACCAAUUUAAGCUACCUUGCAAUAACUAAUGCAGUAGUCUUAAGACUUAACUGUGGGAUUCAAAAAAAGAAAUAUGUCUCAAAAAAUCAUUGGCCCCAAAAUCUGAGGAUGUUGCUUUUUCUCAGUUAUGAAGCUUAACUGAAUUUGUCAUAAAAUAAAUUCUCUCGUAUCCAUUCCUCACUACCAUAUUACAACAAAUUCAUGAAAAGGUCAACAUUUGGAACAUAUUUCUUAAUGAAGAAAGUAUUUCUGUUUAUGUAGAGAAGUGUUCCAAUGUCUAAGGAUUCCAAAAAGCAAAAGCUGCAGAUUGCAUUGUUAGCCAAUCCCUGAAAAAAAAGACAUGCUCCAUUACUUGAAAGACUUUUAUCCACCCCUCCAGAAAAAUUCAUAUGGAAGAUUAAAAUUCACAUGAAUAGUUUAAUCAAGUUGGCCUGGAGUUGUCUCAUACCAUUAGCAACCUCAAAUCCUGGCUUGAACUACCUAGAAAUGUUUUCUUAGGCAGUUCGACUUCUGUAUUUAAAAAUGUAAUGAUAUAUAACCCAUCACAGAUAUUUUAAAAACAAAGACGCAAAAUGAGCCAAACUCUGGGAGACACUGAAUAGUGUUUGGUUUACCAAUGCAAUGUUAACUGUCAUGGGUCAUGCAGCUCAGUGGAUGAAUGCAUUAGGCUAAAGACAUGGUAUCUUCAGGUGUACUUGGGAUGCUUUACUAAAUUGUUUUCCAUUAGAAUUAGGCCUUGAUUUUAAAUCCAAGGAAGCUUGAAGACCCUUAGCUAAUUUUCUUUUUCUAUAGAACAAGGAACAUGUUGUAUUAAAAAUAAGAUCUGACCUAAAAUAAUAAGGAUUGUGGGGAAAGUGAAUUCUAUCAUAUACAUUAAAACAUGUAUCUAAUUGUGUGGCCUUCUUUAGGCAAACAGUAACUGCAUUGUACGAUCAGAAUAAAAGAAUUCAACCAAUAGGGUUCAAGGAUUGUGUUAUAUCUAGAAUAUGCUGAAAUUCUCUCAAGUCCUAAGCACUGAAAAAAAUUCAUCUUUACUUUGAAAUAUACAAAGCACACUUUCAAAAUAAUAAGGGCCUUUAAGCUUUCUUUGAUUGCAAUUAAGGUUCAUUUUAGUUUUUUUUUCUUUUUAACCAAUGUGCCAUCUCUCUCCAAUAUAUACAUAUAGCACAGUAAAUUGUACAAAAUGAUUCAGACAUCAGAAUUUUACAUCAUCAGAGUGGUUUUUUGUUAUUGUUUUGUUUUGUUUUGAAUACAAUAGGAAUUUCUUUGGGAAACUUUUGCUCCCAAGAUUCAAUUGCUGGUACUUAGCCCAUUGUACUUAUCCUGGGCUAACUGCUAUGUUAAUUCAAAAAGCUCAAAUUACGAUUUGCCGAAAUUUUCUCUUUUUUUCUUUUGCCAUUAUUUUGGCAAAAUGAAAUGUGGCAAUUGUUCAGAACCAUUAGGUCCCCAAAGCAUGUGUCUUAACGCUUGGUGGCCGCUGUACUUUGGGAGGUGAUGCUUAUAUAUAAAUUUGCCUUUGGUAUAACUUAAGCCACUGAUAGAAGAAGUAAGCCUCUUUGCCCCCUUUUGGUGGGAAAUGGUCCCUUAAGAUGUUACCCCCACUAAGUUGAUGUUGUUAGCUUUCAAACAUUCAAUAAACUGUCACAAUAUACCUACUAGGUUCCUCCUGAGAAUACAGGUACGUCAAGGAGAGCACCAUCCCCCACAGUCCAUCUCCAUUCUGGGUCACCUCCGUCAUCUAUGGGUUCUGGU